UAAAUUUUUAAUAAAUUAAGAGCUUUAAUUUCUAUUUGAAAUGGAUAUAGAAAAUUAAAAAUUAAAAUGUAAAAAACAUAAUUAAAAUGAAAUAUUGUUUGUAAAGACAGACUCAUUAGCAGAUGAGGAAGACAUUUUUUUUUGUGAUUUGUGCCUUUUUUCUUUGCAAAAUUUUACUCUGAAUAACUUUACAAGCAUGAAAUAGAUAACAAAUUGGAGCGAAGGUUAAGUCAUUUAUAAUUUCCCUCCCCUUAAAGAUAAUUUAAUUUUAAAUUAAAUUAUGCUUUUGAAAUAAGAAAGUUAACUAAAUAAAUAAGUACUGAAGAUAAAUGAGUUUUUUGAGCAAUUAAAAUGUGAAGUGAUGUAAAUGUUAAAUGAAGCUUAAAAAAUCAUGAACAAUUUAGUAAGUGAGAUGUAGGAAAUUGAUUUUAAAAUAAUGGAAAAGUACAAUAAUUUAUCGAAAUUGAAAGAAUUUAAAAAUAUCAUAACAUAAAAUGAUAUUAGCCAAGAUGAAUUGGUUAUUUAAACCAAGCAAUUUUUAAAGCUUAUCUAAUAAAAUAAGAAAAGCAAUUCUAAAUCUCUUGAAAGUCUGAUCUAAGAGUAUUAAAUGUUAGAACAGCAAAUUUAGUUAUAAAAACCAGAACAAAUUAAGAUAAAGUUGCUAGACACUUUAAAAGAUUUUAGUUAUUUAUACAAAUAAGAAAAAAUUCAGUAAAAUUUAAUGACUAAAUAUCAAGAUUUACUUCCUCAAAUACAAUUUUCUAAAUAUCUAUUUGAGCCAUAUUAUUCUUCCAGCUUAAGUAUUUCUUAAAACCAACUUAACUAAUUUCUCUUUACUUCCAAAUUAUCAAAUAAAUGGGGAAGUUUUUAUAGUAGUAACUUAAUUAUUGAGAGUGAUAAAAAAUAUAUUUUUAAGUUAAAAGCUGAGCAACUUGACCCAGAAUAAGAUAACUAUAUGGUAUUUGGCUUAGUUAGGGAUGAAACUAAGGAUAAAGAUUACUGUACAAAAGAUUUUUUGAGUUGUAGUCUAUGUUACUAAAACAAUAAAUGUUAUAUUAGUUAAUAUGUUAGAGGAUUAAGCAAAAUAAUUAGAGGAAAUUUCAAGGAUUUACCAACAGAGACAGAAAUAGAAUUCAGAAUUUGCAUUAAUAAAAAUAUAUUUUAGAUCACUGAAUUACCCAACAAAAAUCAUAGAGCAGUUCUUGACGAAAAAAGCAAAUAGAAUCUGAAAAAAUAUUAAAAUCUCAGAUUUUUUAUAGGAAUGGAAAAUAAAAUUCAAAUAACAUUGUUAGAAGCCAAAGUAAAGGAUAAUUGAGACAUUAAUUAUUGCUAAUCCAGAUAUUAAAUUAUGAUGAACAGGACAGUCCAUAAUUUAUUUAAAAUAAAUGCAGAAUGAGCAAUCUUAUAGGUGAAAUCAGCAAAAACUUUUAUUUUUUAAGUUUAAUACAAAAUUAGUAAAGAUCUAUCUAUAAAUUUAAUUUGAGUGUGUGCUUGAUUUAGCUAUUUUUAUUUGUUCUUCAUGCUUAUUUUCCUAGAUUGAUAAUUAAUUAAAAAUAAUAUAUUGAGAGUUUUUAAAGCUAAAAUCAUAAAAAU